AUGCAAACCUUCCACACUAGAAAAUCGUAUGGUCCACCAAGAAGACCAGUUUCUAAAUCAUAUUCAAGUAGAUUGGAAUCAGUGGAAAAUUACCAGAAUAGGAUAAUCGUUAAUGAAUAUAUGGGUACAAUCACCCAACAUCUGAGGGUCCUUGAGAAGGAAUCUUCGGUUAACCCGUCAAUGAUUGAUCUACAGCCUGAAGUUAAAUGGUAUAUGAGACCUUAUUUAGUUAAUUUCAUUAUUCAGAUGCAUUCCUCCUUAAAACUGAAACCGCAAACACUAUUCUUAUGCUGGAAUAUAAUUGACAGAUAUUGCGCAAAAAGAAUUGCAUUUAAACAACAUUAUCAAUUGAUUGGCUGUACUGCCUUGUGGAUUGCAUCAAAAUACGAAGAUAAGAAAUCGAGAGUUCCAACAGUUAAGGAAUUAAAUACAAUGUGUUCAAAUGUCUAUGACGACUCGAUGUUUAGAGAAAUGGAGAUUCAUAUUUUAAGUACCUUAAAUUGGUCUAUUGGUCAUACUACUUUAGAAGAUAUAUUGCAACUGGCGGUCAAGUCAAGUGACCCUGAUGGAAAGGAACAAUUGAAUCAACCAAUACAGCUAUAUAAGGGUAAUACACCAACCGUCUCGGCCAUUUUGGCCGUCUCGAGGUUUUUGUGUGAGUUAUCUCUUUAUGAUAGAAAUUACUUAAAGUUUUCGACUUCUGCAAUUGGGAUUACUUGCUUCCUAAUGUCCUGUUCUAUACUUAAUAUGGAUGUUGGUACCAAUUAUAUUUCUCAACUAAUUGAAUCUUUUGAGAAGAAGUCGAGUAAUUUGUUCACUUACAAAGAAGAUGAUUUAACAGAAGAUGAAGAUGAGUCUUUCUUUUAUGAGGCUGCAGUUAAGGAAAACCAAAAUAAUUUCAGUAACGGGCCCUUUAUUAAUGGGUUUGAUGGGCAUGAGUCAUUAAAUGAAAUCCGCAUGAUCUCCCUAAACUUAUUCAAAUCAAUGUUAGACCCUUCAAAUGUUUUGAUUGAAAAGUAUACUUCAUUGGGAGUUAUGACGGUCGUUAAAAGAUUCAUACAAGAAAAUAACCUUCAUCAAGUUGACCAAUCUUUAAUUGACCAAGAUAUCGAAGAGCCGGUUAAUAAUGAUAUGACGAACAUGGCAUAUUCAUUUAGUCAUACAUCAUUUGAAUUGACUAACUUACUCCUGUCGUUCAAUGAGAAUUGCUCAUUUUUAUUACCGAAAGUACAUAGAAACAUUUCAAUCACUUCAUCUGGAGAUUCGAUUUUUGGUACAUCUUGCGAAUCCCCUUCGAACUUCUCAUCAUUUUCAUCGAUUUCCUCUGCUACUUCCUAUUACUCUGAUUCCGCUUUAAACAGUGAUUUGAAAUCAAAUCUCAUAUGA